AUGGGUCGCCCCUGGACACACUCAUCUCCUCUUCCUCACCAAAGAGUUCACCGCAGGGAUCCGAGCCAAUGCGCCGCUGCUCCCAACAAGAGCCUGGAGCCAAACACUGCGUUCAUUAACAACAGCGCAUUAGAGAGCCACAGCCUGCAGCGGGACAUCAGACCAACUGUGUUACCCUUUAACCCUGCACACGUACCAUCAACACAACCAGGAAGAGUACCCCCCAAUCCCACCUCCGCCUCGAAGCCCAGCGGCGCAGGCAGGAUCCAGCUCUGGAAGCUCGACCGGGAGCCCACUACACCGGGUCUGUUGGAGCAGCACGAGAAAGAGCACGUCUGGCAACCAUCAAGGGCCUGGCUGUGA